AUGUCGGAUUGGUUGGAAACAGCAACAGGAAACCGAAUCUCUCGAGCUGCAAGACUAUUAGGUACCGAUAAGAUCUCAAUCGGAGGUAAUUGUUCUAUAAAUGAAAACGUUCUAAUUUCCGGUGAUGUCACCUUAAACGAACCAAAACAGCAAUAUGCUAUUCAAUUUGGAAAAUACUGUUAUCUUGGUAGUAAUUGCCAAAUAAUACCACCGAUAUUAAAAAAGGCUGCUGACAGUGAUAGCGAAACUUUACAUGGACCACAACUGAUAGGUGCGUAUGUUAUAAUAGGACAAAACUCAAUUAUCAAACUGUCAAAUAUUGGUAAUCGAGUUUUGAUCGAAGAAAAUUCCAUUCUUGAAGAUUUGUCUAUUGUUUACGAAUGUUGCGUAAUACGAGAAGGUACGAUUAUCCCUCCAAAGAUGGUUAUACCUCCAUAUAGUGAAGUAAGUGGGAUACCAGGAAAGGACUUUCAAAUCCGAUCUCUACAUAAUAGUUAUAAAAAAUCAAUCGAAAUUGAAGCAAAACAAUUGCAAAUAUUAGGAUAG